CUGCCUUUGAUUAUGCCUUCAUUGCAGAUCAUUGAUCAAGAAAACGAUGAUAUCAAUUUGAAUCAAACCACUCAUCAACCUUUAUGUUAUAUAUGUCAAAAACAAUCUUCCAACUAUAUUUGUCCAAGAUGUAACCUACGUUAUUGUUCACUUUCCUGUUAUAAACAUCAACAACAUGCUUCUUGUACGGAAUCCUUUUACAAAGAUAGUGUUAUGGCGGAAAUCAAGUCUUUGGAUGCAUGUGAUCUCAACAAGAAAACAAUGAAGAAGAUCUUGAACAAGUUUGAAGCCGAGAAUGAUCAAUUAAUAUUGGAUGAGCAACCAUUAGACGACCAACUUGAUACCAAUAUGAAAACAAUGGAACAACGAUUUGGUAGUAUGAAUAUUUCACAAACUGAUGCAUCAGAGAUCUGGGAUUUACUUUCUCCACAAGAACAGCAUGAUUUUCAAGCUUUACUUCAACUGGAUGCAUGGAAUACUUUGAAUUUACCCGAAUAUGAACCAUGGUGGACCACUCGUGCUUCCAAAAUAACAUAUAUAGAAGAAGACGAUCAAGAGGAUGAUAACGACACUACACUGCCGCCUGAACUACCUGCUUUACCUACUGCUAUUCCUGCAUUGACUGAUAUUAUGAAAUCAUCUCCUGCGCCACAUUUGAUUUAUCAUCUGGUUCAUGUACUAAUGACUUAUGCUUAUCUGGCUCGACAAUCUAUGGGCGACUUGGCAGAUGAUCUGGCAUAUGGCGUGGAAACUGUUUUUUGUUUAUCACAUUCAGUACUCUUUUCAACUGAGACUGAUCAAUUACUCAAGUUGGACGAUGUUUGUACGGAUCUACGUCGACAAAUUCAUAGUUUGGAAAAAUCAGUAACAUCAUCAUUGGAAAUCAUGUUAUUGAAGGAUACCGAAUGUUUAUUGACUUUUGGAGAUGAUUUCUCCAUCCGUGCACUGGGGGAACUAUAUCAACUGUUGGAUGUUGCAAGUAAAGAAAAACAACUUUUUGUAUCAGGAAAUAUCAAGACAGCACUAGGAACAAAGAUAUCAAGGAAAAAAGUGGGACUGGCAGCUAGAAAAGCAUACUUUUUUAUGGCGUACGCAAAUCACCUUAAAAAGGAAAAAGAUGAUACUCUCUCAUUAGUGAUGACAAUGAUCCGGGCAAAAUAUCAACAACUAGAACUUGAUCAAAGUAUAUUUGACAAAGAACACAAGGUGGCGAAAGAUAUACUAUCCAAACAGAAACAACUCAAGACAUCCGAUGUUGGUGGCAAAGCAAUAGUAGAAUUAUCAUAAAUUAGUAUAUUGAUGAUAGUUUUAGAAAUCUAUGUUAUUUUAUUUUUUUUUUCCUGACUUGUUUAUACCUUCAAAAUAAAAUAUACAGUAUAUAUUUUUUUUUAUUA